AUGUUCCGUUUGAGAGUGCUCUUUUCUAUUCAGCUAAUUACCAUUUGUCUUGUUCAGUACGGCACGACAGCCAAUCGAUUUGUAGAUGUGAACGAGGUUUGGGAGCAUUGGAAAUAUGUGCACGGUAGAACGUACGAACAGUGGGAAGAAGGGGAUCGAUUCGAAACGUGGCUUGACAAUGUGGCAUUUAUCCAGGCCCAUAAUUUGCGCUAUCAGCUCGGUCUGGAACAGUAUGGCAUGGCAGUGAACGAAUUUGCCGAUUUGACCUGGGCCGAAUUUGUUGCAACCUAUCGUUCCGGUCUGGUGGACCCCAGGGUUUCAGGGACAAGUGCGGCAGGAAACCGGACCGAGGAACCGAUUUACGUGUCGCACGAAGCGCCCGAUUCAGUAGACUGGCGUCAAAAAGGUCUGGUUCGUCGUGUAAAAGAUCAGAAAAAUUGCGGCUCGUGCUGGGCGUUCUCAACGACCGGUGUGAUUGAAGGACAGUUCACAAAACGCUACGGACAACAAUUGGAAUUCUCCGAACAGCAAUUGGUCGACUGCAGUCGAAAAUACGGAAAUCACGGGUGUAACGGAGGCCUUAUGACCAAUUCGUAUAAAUACUUGAAAACAGCUGGAUUGGAAUCGGAAACAGACUAUCCGUAUUUGGGCAACGACACCAGAUGCUCGACAAAACCCACACUUGGCGUGGUUAAAGUACAAUCCUUCAGGACUUUGACCAACGGUAGCGAGACCGGUUUGAUGAAUAUGGUCGCAGAAUUCGGGCCAAUAGCCGUGGGAAUAGACGCGGAUGACGGGUUCCAGUUCUACAGGACUGGUAUAUAUACUUCCACGAAAUGUUCCAAAAGAUUGCUAAAUCACGCCGUCCUCGUGGUUGGUUACAACAGUGAAGGUGGAACUCCGUACUGGAUUGUCAAAAAUAGUUGGGGUUCGAGCUGGGGCGAGGAUGGCUACAUCCGUAUGGCUCGUAACAGAAACAAUAUGUGUGGUAUAGCAUCACUGGCCAGUGUACCACAAAUUGUGAAGACAAAAUGA